CCGGAGCAGCUCGUCGAGAUUAACAUGGCGAAGGCGCUCGUGUCCACCAUCCGCCGCGGCGACGAGGACCCGCUCAGGAUGGGCAUCAACCCCAAGGCCGCGUCGGUGAUCCUCCUCAGCCAGGUCCUCGCCGAGGAGGGUGGCGGCGGCACGGACAGGGACAGGGACAGCUCCAUGGCGCCGGUGCCGAGGUCCGCGCUCCUGUCGGAGAGGUUCAUCCGGAGCGUGGCCGCGAGCCUGGGAGUUGAGCAGGUGCUGAACGAGAGGCUGGCCGCCAUGCGCAUCCUGCUCCGGUGCAUCUGGGAGGACGGCCACUGUCGGAGGAGCAUCGUCGAGAGGAAUAUGGCCUUAUUUGCAGGCCCGGCUGGAGUUGAGGCUCAUUUUGAGCCCUCAUUUCUUGCAGGCCGGCUUCUAAAAUCGAAUAUAGGGGUUUUAUUUUCCAAACCCGGCUGGAGAUACUAUAGGAAAGGGUAUAUACAACGUCCAUCGAUCCCGCGUCUCCCGUCCACCUCCGGCGCCGAAACGGCCACUAGAGGCAAGCAGGUGGCAACGGAAUCGACGCCGGAUUCUCAAUCGCCCUCCUGACGCCCUUUUUACUAUGGAAGGGAGGAAAGGUCGAGAAGGGGAAAGAAGCUCACAGACCUGCGUCGACCACCUAGAACACAAGUGGGAGAGGGGGAUUCUACUCCAUUGUCAGCGUGAUGGGGAGCUAUGCCUCUGGUGUGUGUUAAUGGCAAGACACCAAUUGUUAUAAUUUUGCCAAUUUUAAGAUCCACAGUUCAAUAUCUCGAAUGUGCUCAUAGGGUCUUAAGAUCCACUGUUCAAUAUAUCGAAUGUGCUCAUA